UAUCAAACGUUUUGUAGUAACUACAACUACGGGCCAGCGGGUAGGGCGCUAAAUUUGAAUUUGCUAGGCAACCCUGAUUUGGUAGCCACGGAUGCGAUUGUUGCAUUCAAGACAGCCAUUUGGUUCUGGAUGACACCACAAGGAAACAAGCCAUCGUGCCAUGAUGUUAUCACUGGGAGAUGGCAGCCUUCGGCCGCCGACAGCGCUGCCGGGAGAGUGCCUGGGUAUGGUGUCAUCACCAACAUCAUCAAUGGUGGGCUCGAGUGUGGGCGUGGUGCCGAUAGCAGAGUUGCUGAUAGAAUUGGGUUUUACAAAAGGUACUGUGACUUGUUGGGCAUCGGCUAUGGCAACAACUUGGAUUGCAACAAUCAAAGGUCUUUCUAAAUGGCUACGCUUACACUAAGGCUAUGGCUGCUCUGUUUAAUAAAUGGUGUAACCUUCAAAUUUAAAUAAAGACGGGAAAUUCGUUGUUCCCAUUCAAAUCU